AAAAUAAAAUAAAAAGCCACUGUCUUUUAUUUUGUUCUACUGACAAAUAUCAUAUCUUAAUUUACCCUUAAACUGAGAUGUAAGGUUAAUGGCAACUUGCUGAUGAUGUCAUUAUAUUGGGUCAGUGAACUGGUCAUUUAAGGUUGUCUCGAAAAAUGUCCUCUGCCAUAAAAAACCUUUUGUAAGUGAUUUAAGGGUUAUUUAGUGGAAUGUGUAGUUCGUAUAGAUAUAAUAAACAAACUGGUCUACUGUCAAUUUAAAAAAACGACUUCUACAUAUUUCUGCGCCACUGGUUUGGCAGCUUCACCCACACUUCCCUGUCGCACUGUAACCCUGAGAUUGGACUGAACUUUUGACAACUGGAGUAACUGUAUAACCUUCAAAACUCAACCUGACCACUUACGUUUUUACAGAUAACGUUAACGUAUUUAAGAACUAAAUCUAUAGUUAAGAUUUUACUGUUUUUGUUUCCUAUCUCAUUGGUUUCGUUUUGACUACACACAACAUAACGCCCACUGCAGCCUCAAGCCUGAUAUGAAUCUCCCCUUCCCACAGACAUGCAGAGGUAUUUUACCCUCACUUACCUGGACAACUAAUGUUACAGCGAGGAAUAUCUCUUUACUUCAGAGCGCCGCCGCCGUUGCCCCUCUCUGCUGAGCACCACGACCGGAGGCGGACUCUAACUGGAAACGCGUCACGAGCCCAGACCAUUUCAAGGAAUUGUAAGGUAGAGUUUGGCAAGAAGGCAACUGUGGGCAAAAGAAAAACCUCACGAAACCUAAUGCAGCCACUCUGUUAUUUUGCUUUUACUGCCCUGUGCACUCUCUCUUUCCUCUCUACUGUGCUUUCCAUACAGUGCAAUAAGACACAAUAUGCCUGGCCAGUGGAAACAUCCCACUUGUGCUGUAACAUGUGCCCACCAGGUGAACGUAUGGUUCGGCGUUCACCACACACUUGUGGUAUUAUGUGUGAAGCUUGCGAGGGUAACCGGUACAUUGAUACCUACAAUGUGGAGAUGAGCUGCACUGUUUGUGAAAAUUGCAAUAAACCAAACAUGGAGUAUGAGUCAAAAUGUGACACCACUCAUCAGGCUGUGUGCAGAUGUAAAGCUGGCUUCAAAUGCAAAGACCAACCCUGCACACAGUGCGUGCCAAUAGUAAUCACUACCACCACAGCCCUGAAACCUGUCACCCUCACCACACUCUGGGUACCCCGUAAACCACUCAGAGUCUCUCUUACAGAUACGGUGUGGUUCCUGGUGAUAAUUGCCCUCCUGUGUGCAGGAUUUGCACUUAUUGUUGUAACAAAAAUCAAACCCUUUCUGCGCUGGAUCAGAGCCAAGCACGGCUACUUUUUGGCUAAAAAACCUGCACCAGUACCACCAUGCUGCCAGGACGAUGAAGUAUCCACGCCUGUCCAGGAAGUGUGUGGAAAAUGUGACCAACCUAUUGAUGUAUGAGUUAAGGACUAGAGCCUGAAUUUGGAUUAGCAAGAAUUUCACAGGCGGACAUUUAGUGACACUCCAGAUGCAAAACAUCUCUUGUUGCUUUGGACAUUUAUGAGAAAUGGAGGAAUUGUCACACACUUGGAAAUGUCACUUGGUCCAUGGUGACGAGUGGAGCCACCGAAAACAGUUCAAGACUGAUGCUGUUUCCUGAAAGGAAACAUGACUGUUUGACAUCUGUGACGUUAAGAUGAUAAAAGUGUAUAAAUCACAGAGAUUAAGUAUCUGAAAGACACUGAAAAUACAGAGUGUGACACUGUGAUGGUUAUGCAUGUUGCUAAACCGUGGUAUGUACUAUGGUACACAAAAGUUAAAGAUAUUUCACAAUCUUUACAUUUAUAUGUGUAUAUAUGAAUAUAAUUUUUGCUGAAGUUUUGCAUUCAGAUUAUACAUAUCACAUGUGAAUGUUUUUAAAUUACAUACAUUUCUACGUAGUUUUUUAAAUUCAAAAUAAAAUUUUAUUGUAA